AUGAGUUCUGACAACAUAAAGGCUUCGCGAAUUUUGGUGCGCAUUCUUGGGUCUUGUGGACUGUGGCCCAGCCAAGGCUCAUCCGGAUCCACGAAAUGGAUACCCGGAUGCAAACGCUUUCAGCCACUUGCGAUUCAUUUCAUUGUGACCUUUACCUUCACGGGCAUGAUGUGGAUCGAGGCUUUGGGAAGCGACGACUUCGAGCACUGCACCGACGUGCUUUUCAUCACGCUGACGAUGACGGGGCUGGUGGCUAAGAUUUUCAAUAACUGGCGUCACGCUCACAUUGCCCGCGAGCUGCUUCAGGAAUGGAGCACUAGCCGGCAGUUUGAAGUUCGAGCUGGGCAGGAGCGCGAUAUGUGGGAGCAUGAACAGCGCAGGUUCUCAAGAGUCGUGCUGUUAUACUGUUUCUGCAGUCUGGGCGUGGUGCCGUGCAUCUUCAUAUCGUCGGCGGUCAACUAUCCCAAUGAGCUGCCGUUUUGGGUGUGGGUGCCCUUUGACUGGCAGCAACCGGCCAAGUUUUGGUACCUUUUCGCCUAUGAACUUUUCGCUGUGCCAUUUACGUGCCUCUGCAACAUAACAAUGGAUCUGCUCAACUGUUACCUUAUGCUGUAUAUCUCCCUCUGCCUCCAAUUGCUGGGAAUGCGCAUGGCUGCACUGACUCCCGCAGUUCACGGGAACUCUGAGCGCCAGCUGUUCGCACAGCUCGUGGAGGUGAUUAGGCUUCACAGUCGCGUCAAGAGCCACGCCAAGAAGGUCCAAAUCUUCAUUUCGAAUAGCACGCUCAUUCAGAUCUUGCUCAGCGCCGUAAUACUGUGUCUCUCCAUCUACCGCUUGCAGAUGCUUAAUGUACUGCAGGCUCCGGGCAUGUUCGCAGCUAUGACGCAGUAUCUAUUCGCAAUGACCAUGCAAAUCUUUCUGCCCAGCGUUUAUGGCAACGAAAUUACCCACAACGCAGAUCAGUUGCCCAACGCGCUCUACAGUUGCCAGUGGCCGGACAUGUCGAAACGUAUGCGUCGUCUAAUACUCUGUUUUUUUAUCUACUUGAAUCGCCCGAUGGCCCUUAAAGCCGGUGGUUUUUUUGAAGUGGGUCUCCCACUUUUCACCAAGACCAUGAACCAAGCUUAUAGCCUUUUGGCCUUGCUUCUUAACGUCAACAGCAAAUAAAAGACGUUCGAUGUGAACGAGUCUU